AUGACAAAUAACGAAAAUCAAGAGUUACAACAAGAGGAGUUUUUAGCAUUAUCUUCAAUAUUUGGGGAAGCUUCCUUUCAAGCAGAAACUCAUCUUUCCGAAUCAUAUCCUUCUUAUAUCUUUAAAUUUUCCCUAGAGAAUAGUAUUAAUGAUGUUGAGACAACUGCUAUAAUGGACAAUAAAUCAUCUAAAGAUUUAACUUUAAGAUUUCAUUUACCACCAAACUAUCCUUCUUCUCAACCUCCCAUUUAUGAAAUACUAAGUUUAUAUUGUGGUACAUUAAAAAUUGAUCAAAAUAUAGAGGAUGAAAUAGAAAAAAAUUUCAAUCAAUUAUUUGUUCCAGGUGAAGUAGUUAUAUUUUCUUGGAUUGAAUGGCUUCAAGAUUACAUGAAAACAAAACUUGAUAAUGAAGAUGGAUUAAUAAAUAUGAGGGAAGAAAACCAUUUAACUGAAAAAGAACCUAUCAUUUCAAGCGUGAUAAAUACCGUAGAAAAGUUUAAUAAUGAUGAUGAUAUUAUUAACGAGUGUCCGAAAAUCAUACAUGGAGAACCAUUAGAACAUAAAAAAUCAUUUUUUAUUGCUCAUUUAGCUUCUGUAUCAAAUAUACGACAAGUACAACUUGUGAGAUCUAAUUUAUUGUUAGAUAGAAAGAUUGCUAAAGCUACACAUAAUAUAAUGGCUUAUCGAAUUGUUCAAGAAAAUGGUUUAAUAAUACAAGAUAACGAUGAUGAUGGUGAAACGGCUGCCGGAAGUAGACUAUUACAUUUAUUACAAAUUAUUGAUGCGAAAAAUGUUGUCGUAAUCGUUUCAAGAAAAAUGUGGUUAUAUUACAAGAAAUGA